AGACAUCAAGAAACCAUGAACAGCUUUAGUAAUGAAGAGUCUGACUGCCAUUUCUUGGAUGAAGGCUUUACUGCCAAGGACAUUCUGGACCAAAAAAUUAAUGAAGUUUCUUCUUCUGAUGAUAAGGAUGCCUUCUAUGUUGCGGACCUGGGAGACAUUCUGAAGAAACAUCUGAGAUGGUUGAAAGCUCUUCCUCGGGUCACCCCCUUUUAUGCAGUCAAAUGCAAUGAUAGCAGAACCAUAGUGAAGACACUCGCUGCCAUUGGGACAGGAUUUGACUGUGCCAGCAAGACUGAAAUACAAUUGGUGCAGAGUCUUGGGGUGCCCCCAGAGAGGAUUAUCUAUGCAAAUCCGUGUAAACAAGUGUCUCAGAUUAAGUACGCUGCCAAUAACGGAGUCCAGAUGAUGACUUUUGAUAGUGAAGUCGAGCUGAUGAAAGUUGCCAGGGCACAUCCAAAGGCCAAGUUGGUUUUGCGUAUCGCCACUGAUGAUUCCAAAGCAGUCUGUCGCCUCAGUGUCAAAUUUGGUGCCACACUUAAAACCAGCAGGCUUCUUUUGGAACGGGCGAAAGAGCUAGAUAUUGAUGUCAUUGGUGUCAGCUUCCACGUGGGAAGUGGCUGUACUGAUCCUGAGACCUUUGUGCAGUCCAUCUCUGAUGCCCGCUGUGUCUUUGACAUGGGCGCUGAGGUUGGUUUCAACAUGUAUCUGCUUGAUAUUGGUGGUGGCUUUCCUGGAUCCGAGGAUGUAAAGCUUAAAUUUGAAGAGAUCACCAGUGUAAUCAACCCAGCAUUGGACAAGUAUUUUCCAUCAGACUCUGGAGUGAGAAUCAUAGCUGAGCCAGGCAGAUACUAUGUUGCAUCAGCUUUCACACUCGCAGUUAAUAUUAUUGCCAAAAAACUUGUAUUAAAGGAACAGACGGGCUCUGAUGAUGAAGAGGAGUCAAGUGAACGGACAUUUAUGUAUUACGUGAACGAUGGAGUAUAUGGAUCAUUCAACUGCAUCCUUUACGAUCACGCACACGUGAAGCCUCUUCUGCAGAAGAGACCCAAACCAGACGAGAAGUAUUAUUCAUCCAGCAUCUGGGGACCCACCUGUGACGGCCUGGACCGCAUUGUUGAGCGCUGUAACCUGCCCGAGAUGCAUGUGGGCGAUUGGAUGCUCUUUGAGAACAUGGGUGCUUACACUGUCGCUGCUGCUUCUACUUUCAAUGGAUUCCAGAGACCCACCAUCUACUACGUGAUGUCAGGGCCAAUGUGGCAACUGAUGCAGCAGAUCCGGACACAGGACUUCCCGCCCGGAGUGGAGGAGCCAGACAUCGGUCCCCUGCCCAGGAGAGCGGCAUGA